AUGGGAAGACAAAAAGAAAAGUUUUGGCAACAUGCUGAGCAACUUGAUAGUUCACAUUUCAAAUGCAAAUUUUGUGAAAAACAAGUUUAUGGAGGGGUCACUCGACUCAAGUAUCAUUUAGCUAAGGUUAGUGGUCAUGAUGUUGCCUCUUGUGAGAAAGUAUCAGAUGAUGUCCAAGCAAAAACUCUUCUUGUUAUUAAUUCUAAAUCAAGUAGCAAAAAGCGGAAGAGUUGUACCAGUGGUGAGAGUAUAGUUGGUUCUUCUCCUUUGACUCCUUUAACUAUAACUAGUCAAAGGCAGUCCACAAUGGAGGAAAUGAUCCCUAAGAUGGACAAAUCAACUUGGGAGAAAUCUCUUCGUGACCUUUUUAUUAAAAAUAACAUUUCUUUCAAUGUUGUUCAAUCGGAUGCUUUCAUCAAUUUUGUGAAGUGCACAACCCGUUAUGGUCCUAGUGUUCCUAUUCCAAGUAAUGGAACCCUUCGUGGAAGAAUAAUUCCUGAAGCAAGAAAGGACCUUGAAAAAUAUGCUGAAGAAUCAGAGGAGUGUUCUCAUGCUAGAUUGACUGCUUCUUAUAUAUUUGAUAUUCUUGACAGAGAGAUUCAAAGUAUUGGCCCAAAUUUAGUGGUUCAGCUAAUUUCAGACAAUGCAACCAAUUAUUCAAGUGCACUUGAUAUGCUUACUGGAAAGUAUCGUUGGUUGUUUAAGACUCGAUGUGCAGCCCAUGGUAUCAAUCUAAUAUUGAAGGAUAUCUAUGAAAAGUCAAUUGUUGAAGUGGAAGAGAAGCUUAGACUCCUAGUUGCAUCAGCUGAGUGGAGGAGUCUAAGAAAUUCGAGAUCUUUAAAAGCAGAUCGAGUAGUGGACACUAUUCAAAGGGAGUCGUUUUGGAAUGAUUCAAAAGAGAUUUUGAGAUUUAUGGAACCAAUCAUUCGAGUUCUCCGUUUGGUUGAUGGUGAUGGGGCUACAUCAGGGUAUUUGUAUGAAGCAAUAGAAAGAGCAAGAGAGGUAUUGGAGAAGCUUUAUGAGGAAGACUACCGGUAUGACCAAAUUUUGAAAAUCUUUGAUAAUAGAAGAGAUGAAAAUAUUUUGGGUAUCAUUCACUAUGCAGCUGCUGUUUUCAACCCCACUUAUUUUUUUAGUGAAAGAUUCAAAAAGAUUCCUAAAAUGAAAGAUGCAACAGAUUUCAUUGGUGAGAUAGUGGUUCCACAAGAUGAGAGGAGAGAAUAUUAUGGACAGCUGGCAGUAUACCACAUGAAGUCUAGCACUCUUUUUACUCCCGGUGCCAAGAUGAUGAUGGAAACUAGUCAUCCUCGGGUUUGGUGGCAUAUACAAGGUGAUGCUAUUCCUAUCUUACAGAAGUAUGCCAUUCAAAUAUUGAGCCAACCAUGUAGUUCUUCGGCUUGUGAGAGAAAUUGGAGUGCCUGGGAUGUAGCACAAACCAAAAAGAGGAAUAGAUUGUCACCAGUGAUGUUAGAUGAUUUAGUCUAUGUGAGAAUGAAUACGUUGAUGAUUGAAAAAAGGGGUGAACUUGAACAGAAAAACAUGUUACCCAUUAAUCUUGACAAUAUUAGUGUCAAUGAUUUUGAUCAGCGAAUUGAGGAUGUUGAUAAAGAGCUAGAGAGAUUGUUGGAUGAUGUGGAUGAUAGCAUUGCUGAAGACUUUCUAUUUGGUGCAAGUGCUAGUUUUACUGAGAGCGAGACUCAACCCCCAGAUAGUAUAUAA